AUGGCAGACUACGGAGCAAUCCGUAAGACUGCGGCCGUCAGCACGACUGAAGAGGAAACUAGCGCCGCCGAGCCACGCUACUUUGCAAACAAACCCAAGGUGGUACAAGCACAGGACAAGAGUACCGCGGCUCUAGACGUGGAACCAGUGACUAGCGCCGACUCGGAGAGACCCAUGGAGGACAGGACGACGCACACCCAGCCAGCGAGUACCAUGCGUCCUUCCCUGCGUGGUGCCCUCGUGUGCACGGUCGGCACGAAGCUUAACCGGAGCUUGGCCCUGCCCGCGGACGGCCUGUGCGACUUCACCUUCUUCGACUCGCUGCAGCGUGGCGGCGUGAACGAGCUGGCCGGACCGUUCGAGGAGAACUUCCGCCACUUUGCUGAGCACGCCGCCCGGCACACGACCACCGAGUACGGUGCCGGGUUCGACUACCAUGCAUCUGAGGAAAUGGACGAGAUUCUGUCUGACCCGGCGGCAAAGGGCCACCUCACGAGCCUCUGGGACCAAAGAAUAUUUCAUUUCGGAUACCUGAACACCCCGUAUGCUGAUUUUUCUCACGAUAAGUUCACGCAGCUGAUGGAAAUCCUGAAGACCGUGUCCUCGCUCAUGCGAGAUAAGAGCACCGCGGAGCGCCCCUCUUUCACAAUCUUGGUGGCUGCCAUGCACAGUGACCUCUGGAUCAAGCACGCCACGCACGUCUUCAGGGACACGUUCCAGCCGGACGCGGUGGUCUUGGUGGGCCACUUGCCCAGUCGAAGGAGCGAGUCGGAGAGCUGCGAGAUACUGCCACCCACGACGCUGGUGCACUUCGCCCGACGCGCUUCUCCCAGCUUGAGAGACGCGCACGAGACUGUUCGCAAGCUGGACUCGAGAGGCAUCAGAGCUGCACUGUUCGUGUCCUUGGCCAUGUUCGGACGUUGGUACAAGCCGCGCUACCAGAACCCCGAGUCGAGAACCCGAAGCGAAUCGCGGCGUGCUUUCGAUUUCCUGCAGAAAUGCAGACACGACUCCGGCGACGUGCUAGGAAGCCACGUCCAGGUAUGUGGGCGCCUACAAUGCCGCUGUUCACGUUCGGCGCUAUAA